CACAGAUGAGACUGGUUAUGGACAUCGGAUGCUGAAGUCCAUGGGCUGGAACACCGGCGAUGGUCUUGGACGUCAGCGCCAGGGCCUCACAUCCCACAUCAAGGUGACCAUGCGCACGGAUAACCGCGGCAUCGGCGCGGACCGUAACACUGGCGACAACUGGCUGGAGAAUGCCAUGGCCUUCAAUGAUGUGUUGGCUGACCUGAACAGCGCUUUUGCCAACCCCUCGACCGAGGGCGAAGCGGCGUCCGAGCAGCCCGCCCCGGCUCGGUCGCAGACCCGGCGCAACCUGCUGUACCGGCGCUUUGUCCAGAGCAAGGACCUGUCCACCUACGAGAAGAAGGACAUGGAUGCCAUCUUCGCUUCCAGCCGGAUGUCCGUGACCAAGAAGAGCAAGAAGCGCGAUGCCAAUGGGGAUUCCAACAACGAGGACUCCGGCAGCGGGCUGGGCUUCGGCGGAAUGGGCCUGGGAGGUGGGUCGGAUUCCGAUGACUCGGACGACUCGGACUCUGAGACCCUCGGCGGGGUGAAGACCAUCACCCAGUCGGUGUCGAUGUUCGAUUAUUUCAAGCAGCGCGCCGCCGAGGCCGAGGGUCGUGCGGCUCCUGAGUCCCGGGCAAAGCGCGCCCGCUCCACCGAUGAUGAGAGUGACGACCAGCAGGAGACCGAGGCCCCUGAGGCCCCGGCCCCCAAGCGGUCGAAGUCCUCCUCUUCCUCUUCCUCCUCCUCUGCUGACAAGAAGCUGGCCAAGAAGGAGCAGAAGGCCGCUGCCAAGGCCGCUGCCAAGGCCGCUGCCAAGGCCGAGAGCAAGAAGCAGAAGAAGCAGGAGAAGGCCGAGAAGAAGCGUGACAAGCAGAAGCCCAAGACCAAGGACGCCGAGCGGGCCAUCCGCAAGGCGGUCAAGUCGGCCAUGCGUGCCAGCAAGAAGGGCUAGGUCGCGUACGUGUGUGCGUAUGUGUGUGUGUGUGUGU